AUGACAGAAAGUGGUGGGCAGGAACAGUCAAGAUGGAUAACAACAGUUAUUAUGAGCACAGCUCUGCAGAAUCAUGAAAUUUCUACAAUUCUACAGAGGCAACAACACCGAGUUCGAUAUUCAGAAUCAGUGGAAAUGGGAUCCGUGAUUUUUUCUCUUUCUGGUGUUGCAUUUUUACUGUCAGACAUUCAAGAAUUGCUUAUGACAGGGGAAGAACAAUUUUCCAAAAGAAUUCAGAAGUUCAUAAACAUUCAUCGGAACAGUUUUUUGGUUUUGUCAGCUGCUCUUCAUGGACCAGAAGAAUGGAAUGUCAUGUUUAGGAUUCAAAGAAGAUUCCUGGGCAGUAAUUUACGUGUAAUGCCAGUUCAUAAUACUGCUGAAACUGUUAAGUUAAUGCUAACUAUAGCUAGGGUAACUUCCAAGCCACAAGCAGAUGAUACUCGUUACAAAAUAGCAAUGACAAAAGCCCAAAUAAUAGAAAACAGUCCAGUUUGGAAGAUGCUUCAGGACUACCAGUUGCAUUGUAAUUAAUUUAGUAUUUGGGGUUUU